AUGGGGAAGGUCCAGGUGGGGAUCAAAGGGAACGUCCAGGUGGGAAUCAUGGGCAAUGUCCAGGUGGGAAUCAUGGGGAAGGUCCAGGUGGGGAUCAUGGUCAAUGUCCAGGUGGGGAUCAUGGGGAAUGUCCAGGUGGGGAUCAAAGAGAACGUCCAGGUGGGAAUCGUGGGGAAGGUCCAGGUGGGGAUCAAAGGGAACGUCCAGGUGGGGAUCAUGGGGAAUGUCCAGGUGGGGAUCAAAGGGAAUGUCCAGGUGGGGAUCAUGGGGAAUGUCCAGGUGGGGAUCAUGGGGAAUGUCCAGGUGGGAAUCACGGCAGGAAUCGUGGGAAAGGUCCAGGUGGGGAUCAAAGGGAAUGUCCAGGUGGGAAUCAUGGUCAAUGUCCAGGUGGGAAUCAUGGGGAAUGUCCAGGUGGGGAUCAAAGGGAACGUCCAGGUGGGAAUCAUGGGGAAGGUCCAGGUGGGAAUCAUGGGGAAUACCCAGCUCCUGGACGAGCCCCAGUUCCGCUGCAUCACCAAGAUCAAGACCAUCGGCAGCACCUACAUGGCCGCCUCCGGGGUGACGCCCGACGCCGGCGCCAACGGGUUCGGAGCCAAGAAGGAGCCGCGCUCGGAGAAGGAGCGCUGGCAGCACCUGGCCGACCUGGCCGACUUCGCGCUGGCCAUGAAGGUGACGCUGAUGAACAUCAACUACCAGUCCUUCAACAACUUCAUGCUGCGCAUAGGGAUGAACAAGGGGGCGGUGCUGGCCGGGGUCAUCGGGGCGCGCAAGCCCCACUACGACAUCUGGGGCAACACGGUCAAUGUGGCCAGCAGGAUGGAGUCCACCGGAGUCAUGGGCAACAUCCAGGUGGUGGAGGAGACGCAGCAGAUCCUGAAGGAGUACGGGUUCCGCUUCGUGCGCCGCGGCGCCGUCUACGUCAAGGGCAAAGGGGAGCUCCUGACCUUCUUCCUGAAGGGCCGCGAGAAGCCGGGCUCGCUCCUCGGAUCCGCCGCCGUGCCCCUGCCCCACCAGGUGCUGGAGAACUCCUGAGGGCCCCUCGGGAAUCUCCACCGGGAUCCAGAACCCUGCCCCACCCCGGAAGGGUUUUUUUGGGGUUUUUUUUGGGGGUUUUUAUUCCGUGGAAAAGAGGGAAAGGCGGAUCCGGGUUUUUCCCGCCCGGGGGUUUUCCUCCCGUUCCCGCGGGAAUUGCGGGCUCGGAGCGGCGGCGGCGGCGAUUCCAGGAGAUCCAAACUCAGGGAUGGUUGGGAAGACUCCGCGCCUUGUGUAUUGCAGAUCCAUAAAUUUUA